UGUGAGUGUGGGGGGCUGUUUCCCACUCGCCCUCCUUUCCCGCGCGGACUCGUCUCUUCUGCCUCCGGUCAAGGCUCUGCGGGGCUGGUCUCGUGGAGUGACGCUUCGCCUUCCCUCCAUGCAAAGCCGGCGUCGGGUCUCUCUCUCUCUCUUUUCCCCCCGCCCGCUCGGAGCAGCGCCCGCCGUGGGUGUGUCGGCGGAGGAGGAGGCGGAGAAAACAAUAGAGCGGAGGCUUUGAGAGAGGCGCUUCUGCGGGAUCGGCGGAGAGGCUUUUUUUUCUCCCCCCCCCCCCCCGCAUGUAACCGCGGGACAAAGCCCGGGCUAGACUCGACGACCCCCGCCUUCCCCCCUCAGCGACCGGCCUUCCUUCUCAGCCGGGAAAAAACGACGGAGCCCGCUUGCUGAGCGCAGGCGGGGAGCGAAGCACCGUACAAUGGAGCCGGGCUGCCGCUUCCCCUCGGGCUGAGCAACGCCGCGGCGGGGGCAGCAGCAGAGAACGCCUUGAGGGGAGGACGCCUCGCUUCUCUCUUGCUCGCUCGCUCUUUUUCCCCCCUGGCGUCGUUCGGCGACAGGAGAGACAAAAGGCGGUGCGGGUGGAAGGCGAGGACGAGGUGCCAGCUUCUUUGCGCCCGGCCAGCGAUGGCACACAGGAGCCGGCCGGUGCGGAUGCUGCAGCCGCCGCCGCCGCCGCCGGCUCUGCCGCUUUCGGAUGCCCUCUGAGCCCGGGGUUGUUGUUGUCACUGGCAACGGGAGGCGCGGCGCUCUUUCCCGACGGUAACGGCGAAGAGGAGGCUUGCUUUUUUUUUUCUCUUCCCCGGAAUCACCCGGCGAUCAUGGGCAGAUGCAACGGACGCUGCACGCUGGUCGGCUUCUGCUCCUUGCAACUGGUUGCAGCCCUGGAGAGACAGAUAUUUGACUUCCUGGGUUAUCAAUGGUUGCCGAUCCUGGCCAAUUUUUUACACAUUAUGGCCGUCAUCCUGGGUAUUUUUGGCACCCUUCAGUACAGAUCCAGAUACCUCAUGCUGUAUGCUGUGUGGCUCAUUGUCUGGGUUGGUUGGAAUGCAUUUAUCAUCUGUUUUUACCUGGAAGUCGGACACCUUUCACAGGAUCGAGACUUCAUCAUGACCUUUAACACAUCAUUGCAUCGCUCUUGGUGGAUGGAGAACGGUCCUGGUUGCCUGGUGACCCCUGUGAUCAACUCCAACCUGGCCUUAGAAGACCAUCACGUCAUCACAGUAACUGGAUGCUUGCUCGAUUAUCAAUAUAUUGAGGUGGUGAGCAGUGCAAUGCAGAUAUUCCUUGCGCUAUUCGGAUUUGUUUACGCCUGCUAUGUCAGCAAAAUGUUUAUGGAGGAGGAAGACAGCUUUGAUUUUAUUGGAGGGUUUGAUUCCUACGGCUACCAGGCACCACAAAAGAUGUCACAUCUGCAGUUGCAGCCUUUAUACACCUCUGGAUAAUUGCUUCCUUGCCUACCUACAGUGAACAAGCCUUUGGGGACGUUUGCAAACAACAAUAACAACGCCAAGCCAAGCCACCAAGAUAAAUGGAGUAGGGCAAAAGCAUUUUCAAGGCCGUUGUCAGUUCUGCUGGAGAUUUGGUGUUCCCGGAGGGACAACUACGCCGGUGACUCCAUCUUGUCCUUCUCAUCCGUUAAUGCCUUUCGUUUGGUACCUAAGCAAGAAUCAUGAACCCAUUGGGGAAACUUUGACCAGCACUGUUUCUCCAGAUCUAAAAGUUUCUGCUUAAAAAAAGACCUCGGAGCCAAAACAAGCUCAGGACUCCACCUACUGGCCAAGCUGUGUACUGUCACUGGUUCACACUGGUCAAUCCUUCAAACCUGGGAUCUAAUUCUUUGUCUCCCAAGAUGAGGAGAAUCCUUUUCUAAGCGAGAUCCUUUUUUCUUUUUUGGGGGGGGGGGUCAGAUUUUUCUUUUGUUGGUUGGUUUUUCUAAAAAAAAUAAUAAUAAUUCUGGGACGCUUCUUGUCUGAGCAAAUGACUUUCAGCGCGUUAAUCUGUAGGUUGCAAUAUUUUGCAAUAACGAAAAGGAGUAAAGGAAUAAAAUGAAUGGAACAUGAAAUAAAAGGUGGGUAAUG